AUCCCUCCUGUUGCUUAGAUGAAUAGCUCUCUUUUAUGUAGCCAUGCACUUAGCACGGUUCAGUUUCCUUUUGAUUUAAUAAAACCAUAACUAACCUGCUGAGUCAGAGCUCCACAUACUUGGCUCGAAUAUGAGCCAUAUCCCAUUCUUUUUGUCCUUUUUUUUUUUUUUUGCUACUUCACUUCUGUAACAUUUUCUGACAUAAUUUUGGAAUUUCCACUUGGGAUUCUCCGUGCUGACUCCAGGACUCCUUAUUAAAAGGGAGCUGGAUCCAGACGCUUCAGUCCCAGCUGCAUCUGCCGGAGCUCCUGGUCCUGCUCUGAUUGCCCUUGUCUGACAGGAAGAUGAAGGUCUCUGUAGCUGUUUUUACUGCUCUUCUCAUUACUGCCUUUUACUCUCAGACCUCCUCUGCCCCAGAUGGACCUGACCUCCCAAACUGCUGCUUCUCUUAUACGUCCCGCAAGCUCCCGAGGAGACUCAUCUUGCGUUAUUACAGCACGAGCAGCAAUUGCUCCCUGCCGGCCAUUGUGUUUAUCACAAAGAAAGGCCGCCAAGUCUGUGCAAAUCCCAGUGACACCUGGGUUCUAAGUUAUCUGCAAAACUUGAAGCAGAACUGAGAGAAGCAACACGGCAACUGUAGCUGCUGUCAUGAAUGAGUCACGUUAUCCUGAACUCCUGCGAUGGGGCAGGAUGCUGGGGUGGAAGGAGCUGUGAGAGCCCAUGUCAUCUGUAUGCAGCUCCAAAGCAACUGCAGGAAGGGGCCCAUGAGAUACCCUGGGCUGGGGUAUUGCUACUUGCCCUCUGCUUGCACAGGCCGGCCUGCACUGCAACCUACCACCACCCUAAUGCCCCCACCUGUGGCCUGGGAGGGCCAAUGCACCUCUACUGUUAGAUUAUUUUAAAUUAUUUAAGAAAUGAUCAUACUAGAGCAUGGCAGUGUUUUCUUCUGUGGGUAAUGAUGUUAUUUAUGGGAGGGUGGCAGGGAGAUUUAUGGAAAGGUGGCUCAGAUUCUCAGCACUGGGUGACCGGGGGCCCUGGCUCUUCAUGUGUGAAAUCACGAUUCUGGAGAAUAAA